AUGCCUUCCCGCCGCCGACCAGCCGUUCAACCAAAACCCAAGCCUGGGACAGCUUUCACACUCUUCCCCAAGCUCCCCGUCGAGCUGCGUCUUAAAAUAUACUCCGAACAUUUGACGACCAGCACCACCACCAGCCGCAUCGUAAAGAUCUGCUGGAACGCCCGAAAGCGCGCCUUCGUAUCCAGACGCCCGCCCCCUCCCCUCUUACACACCUGUUCUGAAUCCCGUUACCAAGCCCUCAAAACGUACCAGUUGCACUUCGCGUCCUCCCCAGAGUUCGCCAGGGUGUACUUCUCGUUCGAGCGGGAUACCCUGGACCUCUGCUGGGACUCGCUUGGCUCGUCUCCGGGCAGGGUUGGGAGGAAGAUGAGUGACGAGGAGAUGGGGAAGGUGCGGAGGUUACUUGUGAGGGAAGACAGUUUGCUGGGUCAUGCGGCGGACGGCGGGAGGGAGUUGGAGCGCUUCACGGGAUUGCGAACCCUAGGUGUUCUCUGUGACCCGGAGAAUGUGGCGUUCGGGGGUGAAUAUGGGACACGAUCUAUGCAUCAGAUUGCUCAGGAGCUGGAUGUUGACGAAGAGGAUAGUGGUGCAGAUGGCGAGGAGGCUGCUGUGAGGAGGCUGAGGGCACCGAGGGCGGAGAGGUGGCCUGAGCUGGUGUGUUUGAGGGAUGUGGAUGGAGCUGAUCUACCCAGGUGUAGCAGGCAUUGGUGGUUCGAUGGGUGGAAUCACAGGAGUGCGGUUUUGCAGAGGGAGAAGUGGCCGGAGGUUCUAGCGGAAGCGUUGGUGUUGACGUCACAACACGAUCCGGAUGAUCAGGCAUUCAUUGAAAACCUUCUAUUCAUGCAUGUUACUGGACAGCAAUUGUGA